AUGUGGACAAUUGCAUUGACCAUCGCCGCUUCUCUGGCCAGCCUGCCAGUGGGCCUGGCUUUCAACAAUCCCCCAGGCGUGGACAUCUGCAAUGCCUCCUUCAACCCCGGGGGCUGGUUCGAGGAACCCUCCUGGUCCUCCACUCCGCUGCUGAACCUCAAAGUCCGCCCUCGCAUGAGCAUCUACCUUGAGAGCGAUGCCACCGGCAGUCUGCUCAUCGACACGACCGUGUCGCAUCUCACCGGCGACCCUCUGCCCUCCCUCCCAAGCAGCGCUGCAUACUCGAAACAAACCCUGCACUUGAACAUCCACAUCCUCACUCCCGAGGGAAGCCCAAUCGCAUCCAUCACCAACCACACGCUCACGCUCGACUCCACCAACAACGACAUCGCCCUCCCCUUCUCCUCCCUCAACCUCAGCCCCCGGCGCACCCCCUACAUCGUCACCACCAUCGCCUCCCUCCCCAACACCACCUUCACCACCUCCACUGAGCUCUACUACCUUCCCCAACGUACCGACGGCGGCAGCGCCACCCGCAUCGACCACCUCCACGGCGGGCUAUCCUACAUCCGCGGCGAGAACACAACCUGGACAUCCAUCUUCCCCUUCACCUACUACGUCCAAUGGUCCCUAUACUGGGACACGACCCCGACAACGCUCGAGACCUUCAGCACGAUGGGCUACAACGUAAUCCACAUCGUACCGACAGGCACGCUCUCCACGACGCCAUUCCCCUGGACAAGCUUCAGCCCGUACCUCAGCCUAGCGGACCGGCUAGAUCUGCACUUCCAAUACGACGUGCUCUGGGACGCGACGAACCUCACCCGCAUGAUCGACCAAGUCAACCACAUCCACACCCACCCAUCCCUCCUGCUCUACUACACGGGCGACGAGCCAGACGGCAAGUCCGACGCGCUCAACGCGACACAGAUCGCCUACGCCAAGCUGAAAGAACUCGACCCCUACCACCCCGUGUCCCUGGCGCUGAACUGCAAGAACUUCUACUACACGGACUACGCCGCGGGGGCGGAUAUCAUCCUGAGUGACGUGUACCCGGUCGCGACGAACACCUCCUGGAGCACGGUGUACGAGACCCCGUGCAAUGCGACGUACGGGUGUUGCGGAUGUGAUGACUGCACGGGGAGGUUCGAGGAUGUCAGCGAGAGGAUUGAUGGGUUCAGGGCGUUCGAUGAGCUGGUGGGCUGGGAGAAGACCCAUUGGGGGGCGCCGCAGGCGUUUGGGAAUGAGACGUUUUGGACGCGAUAUCCCACCCCGGAGGAGGAGGUGGUGAUGGUGAUGCUUAGUGUGAAUCAUGGCGCGAUGGGGAUUGUCAUGUGGGACUUUCCCACGAGUGAGGGCAUCAAGGAGGUUACUGGGGAGCUGAGUCGUGUGGUGGCGGGGGAUGGGGAGGUGGUGGGGCUUUUGCUGGAUGGGGAGAGGGACGGGUGGACGUUGGGGCGCGGGUAG